UAUGUGACUGAAAUACACUUAAACACCUCAUUUUGAAACAUGCUCUAUAGACUUAAGAAGAAAGUCUGUGAACCUGCAAAGUGCUUUCACUUUGGUCUGUCUUACAACCUGGAAGGGGUCUCUGCUUUAUAUGUAAUUAUGGCUCGUUUAAAUUGCCAGCACUUAAUCCUGUUACAAACUUAGGAAAUCUCCUCCAACUCCGCUUCGUCGUCUCCUUUUACCAUACUCAUCGUCCGGCGAACUGUUAGGGAGCGCACCCAGACAUCCAUGGGCUCUGUGUUGCUAUCUUGCCGCUGUUGUGAUUGUGGCGUCUGUCCCUGCAGAGAGGAGCUUUCUGCUGCUGAGUAUGCCGGCCGGGGCUGCUUGGCUGUCGGCUCAUUUCUUCUCUUUGGGGUGCGCAGUCGCUGUGUGACAUGCUGAGCGUGGACUCAUUACAGGUGGCCGAGGAGGAGGUGGUGGAGUCCAGCUCUAACAAACUCUCUGACAUCUACACUUUCGUGGCCAAAGGCAGCCUCCCGCAGACGAUGAAUCCUUUACAGAAGAAGAAUUUCAAAAGAUACGCCCAGAAGUUCAUCUUUGAUGGAUGAGAAAAGGGAAGUGGUGAUUGAGGCUGAGAGGAAGAGGCACAUUUUCCUCGACUGCCACUUCAAUGACAUCGGGAAUCACCUGGGCCAGAAGAAGACCGUCCACAGGAUCCAGAGCAAGUACUACUGGCUGGGCAUCAUCAAGGACGUAGUGGACUGGAUCAAACUGUGUGAGACCUGCCAACAAACGGAGAGGAACAAGAACCUGGCCAGGACCGUUCGGCCCAUUAAAGUGGACGCGCCCUGGGAUAUAGUUGGGAUAGAUUUCAUAGGGCCCUUGACUGAAAGCCAGCAUGGCAACAAAAGUGUGAUACUGUUCAUAGAUUAUUUUAGUAAAUGGCCAGAGGCUUUCUCCACGCAGACAGCUGACCCACCGUCAGUGGCCAGGUGUAUCUCUAAAUGUGUGUACAGGUUUGGAGCCCCUAAAACAAUAGUAUGCGCUCAGACUCUAGAGUUCUGCGAAGAGGUGUCAAAGUUGCUGUUUGAGAAGUGGAGCUUGGUGCAGAGGGUGUCUCCUCUGGAUCAACCUCAGCUCAACCCGCUGCACGACUGCACGGCGCCGCUGCUGAAGGAGGCCGUGGUGCAGAUGGUGACGGAGAAGCAGGGCGACUGGGACGACUUUCUGGACCCGGUGCUCUUCUUCUUCCGGACCUCGGCCAACCCGACCACCAAGUUCACCCCGUAUUCGCUCAUGUAUAGCCGCAAGGCCAGUUUUCCCAACGAGACCACACCGACCCUGCUGAGUUAUGACGACCCAGAGCAAGAUGCAUGCAAAGAGAAAGCUUCUACAUAUAUGGACAUAAUGCAGGAGCAACAGAAUGCUGUUAAGCAGCUGGUAACAGCCAACAUGAACGCAGCCUACAAGCAGGAGAAGAAGAGGAACGCCAAACGCAGGAACCAGAUCAUGCCCCCCACCACAUUAAAAAUGAGCCCUUAUAUUAAAACGGAGCCCCUGUUCGGUGUGGUGGACUCGCCCCCGGCCAAAAAGGUCAAAGAGAGCUUGUAUUUGUCGUUUCCCGUGGAGACGGUGCUGGCCACCGGGCAGAACAGCUCUGAGGACGUAAAGGCUGAGCUCACGUACCGGUUGGCUGAGCCUGACGUCCGCUGAGGAGGAUGACUCUGCAGAAAGAUGACGAAUCAGCAGCAUGUGACCGACGCAACCUCGGGCUGCCUGGUACCUUAGGCAGAAGGUCAAAGGUCAACGUCAACAAGCAGUGGAAAGCGACUAAGAUGAACGCUGAGAUGCACCUGCAGUGCCUUGCAAAAAAUAAAUAAAUCACUUCUUCACAUCUUAA